AUGGCGUCUACAGUCGCCUCCGCCAUUCGCCCUGGCCUACGCGAAAGACAAAAGUCCGGCUCGCCUCACACUCCAAGCCGGUACAUCUCCUCAGUCCACUCCUCCCCUGGUUCCUCAUUCUUUCGAGCCGAGGAAGACCCUAUCAUCAUCGAACUGAACCCUCGAGAACUCAGCGCGGGGUUCCAAGGGGAGAGCGGCCCUCAAUGCACGAUAGCAUUUGCUCCUCAGAACUCCAGACGAGUAGGAGAUUAUCGCACGUACUUGGCGAGCUACAAGAGAAGAGAGGAGAACAUACAAGCUCGAUGCAAGGACUACGAGUUAUGGAGAAGCGAUGUGAAGGACGUGGACUUGGGGUUACUGGACGACAAGCUGGAACGAGCAGUUAGAGAAGCAUACACUAAACAUCUACUGGUCGAUGCUGGAGGUGCGAGGCUUGUUCUUGUUCUGCCGUCUCUUGUGCCGCAUCCCGUCCUUUCAACCAUCUUGACCCUGCUGUUUGAGCGCUGGAAGUAUUCCUCAAUCACGCUUCUGCCUUCGCCCACAAUGACGAUUGCUGGUUCGGGCCUGCGCUCAGGUCUGGUCGUUGACAUUGGCUGGGAGGAGACGGUUGUAAUGGCCAUCUAUGAGUAUCGAGAAAUUCACAUGCGGCGGACUGUACGCGCUAUGAGAGCUCUGACUUGCAAAAUCGCGGCAUUGCUGGACGGGGUCAGACAGGGACAGAAGGAUUCUGUCGAAGGAGACUUGGUGUUUGAUUUUGACUUUGUAGAAGACUUUAUCGACCGUGCGGGAGGCUGUCAUGGCCUGCUUCGACCCACGGGAGAAGGGCUGGCUGAGGGAAUUGCAGGCAUGGGUUUGGGAGAACAACAGCCACCAGCAGGAGGCGAUGAUCUCCUCAUCGAUUGGCCUACAGACUCAUCCUAUCGCUCUGUAUCGAUAUCUCGUGCGGCACUUCAUCAGGCAUGUGUGGAAAGUCUGAUAGGCCAACAGAAUGAAGACCAUUCAGACGACCAUGAACAGUCAAUCAGCCAAGUGCUCUAUCGGACACUCCUCGAUCUCUCUGCAGAUGUACGCAGCGUAUGUCUACCCAGGAUCAUUUUCGUCGGCCGCGGGGCUAAGGUCGCUGGAUUGUCUGCGCGGAUAUUGAAUGAAGCCAAUUCCAUCAUAAGUCAACAUGGUUGGACAGCUGUCAGGGGCAAGCAUUUUAAUGCUAGGAGGAGUGGACUUACGGAGCUUGCUCAGGGUCGAGCUGUACCAGCGGAAGCUCGACACGAUAUCACCAUUCCUGUAGCUGGGGAUUUUGUGGAGGAGCGGCUCUCAAAACAAAAGUCUCGGGACCCGUCAACGUCAACUGCUAUCCCUAUGACUGUUCGUGAAGUGAGCUCUCUCGGAGCCUGGGCUGGCGCAAGUCUGGUAGCAAGCUUGAAGGCAAGAUCAUUUGUCGAGAUCGAAAGGGAGAAGUUUCUUUCGCAGGGCCUUGCGGGAGCUCAUCGAGACCUGGAUUCAUCUGUCACUUCUCAGCGGGCGACGACGGCGAAGAGCACCGAAAGAACUAGCUGGACUUUGGCGGGUUGGGCGUGA